GCAGAAGAACAACAGAAUAUCGAGGCUGGUUUGAUCAGGAGAAGAAAAAAGAGAAAAGCACCUCCUCCACCUAAUCCUUUUACUGGAGAAGUAGAGCUAGAACCUGAAGCUGACAGCUCACCAUAUGAAGGCAGUGAGGAAUUGAGUGCUCAGGAUUUAGUGGAUUUUUCCCCUGUUUAUCGAUGUUUACAUAUAUACUCUGUUUUGGGUGCUCGUGAGACCUUUGAAGCAUACUACAGACAGCAGCGAAAGCAGCAAGCAAGGCUUGCACUUCAGCCACCAACAAAUAUGCACGAAACAGUAAAUGGGUAUAGAAACUACUUCAGUGGUAUAGUUGGGUUCUUCGUUGUUGAAGAUCAUAUACUAAAUACUGCAAGUGGGCUAGUGAAUAGAGCAUACCUUGAAGAAGUGUGGGAAAAUGCUUUGUCCAAAAUAUUAGCUUCUUUAAGAAAUCACUCGUCAUACUGUACUGAUGCAGACCUGAUGCUGAAAGUGAAACAUUUGAUAAUGUUGUUCAGUUUCACUCUAGGGAGUUAUGGUUAUCCUGUUGGUCAGUUGUCUGACCUGCUGGUGGAGUUGAGAGACCAGUAUAUUGAGAUUCUGAUGAAGAAGUGGGUUCAAGUUUUUAGGGAAAUCUUUGAUGAUGAUAACUACCAACCAGUCCAAGUGGUAAACCAAGCUGAGUAUAAUCAUGUUUUGAAAGACUUCCCAUUUCAUGAUGAAACUUUAGAAAAGAUGGGCUUUCCCAAGACUUUACCUUUUUCCUAUUUUGUGCCUAAAGUUUAUAAUCAAGUGAAACAGUUCAUCUAUGCUUGUCUUAAAUUUUCUGAAGACCUUAAUCUUAGUCAAACUGAAGCAGAAGAUAUGGUUCGGAAAUCAACCAAUUUACUGUUAACUAGAACACUUAGUGGUUGUUUAUCAACUUUAAUCAAGAAACCACAUCUAGGACUACAAGAGCUAAUCCAAAUCACAAUCAACACAAAUUACCUAGAAGAUGCUAGUGUUUAUCUAGAAGAAUUUAUAUCGGAUAUUACAGGGUCAGGUAGCAGCAGUCUGCAUUGUGCCAAGUUACAAAGCAAAUCAAUGUUUAAGGAUGCCAGAGCAGAUGCCGAAUCUCAAAUUUAUCUUCAACUUAAUAAAAAGAUUGACAGAUUUCUGGAAUUGGCCAGUUAUGACUGGCUUCUUGGGGAACCUGAAGGACAUGCUAGUAGCUACUUGACAGAUUUAAUAGCCUUCCUACAAAGCACUUUUCAGGCCUUCACCAACCUUCCAGACAAAGUGGCUCAGACAGCAUGUAUGUCAUCUUGUAAAUACAUUGCAUCAUCCCUUAUGGAAUUCCUAAUGGAAGAGGAUGUGAAACAUGUGUCCAUGGGAGCACUGCAGCAGUUUAAUCUUGAUCUUAUUCAAUGUGAAUUGUUUGCUAAUUCAGAACCUGUUAGAGGGUUUGAAGAAGGUGCACUCCAGAUGUGUUUUGCUGAUCUUAGGCAGCUUCUAGAUCUCUUUAUGACAUGGGACUGGGCAACAUACUUUCACGACUAUGGACAAGAAAACAGCAAGUAUUUAAGGGUGAACCCGCAAGUUGCUGUAGUCCUACUUGAAAAGGUGAGAGAAGCAGACAAGAAGAAAAAUAUAUUUUCAGCAUUGAAAAAGAAUCAACGAGACAAGAAGAAGUUGGUAGAAACCGUCCUAAAACAGCUCAGACAGUUAACAUCAAAUAGUGAUUAGUAUAAUUGUACUUAGUUCCUUACCUUUGUUAUAUACUUUGAUUUCCUGUAAUUACUGGCUUGAUGGGAAGCAUCCAUACAGUUUUUGGUGUGUUUACUGACUUAGUAAAAUAUGACUAUUCAACAUCAAGAAGACUGAUAUCAAUUAUUUUGUGAAGUGACUGAAUCCAGCAUUUCAGUUGACAUCAAUAAACAAUAAAGAUUCUUACCAUUCUUUAUCACAAUUUUGUUAAAAAUGGGUAGUUCUAGUAGCAGAGCUCAUCAAAUUAAUGUCUGCCAUUGUGGGAAAUUAGGCCAAGAGUUACACUUUUUACUUCUUAUUUCUAACAAAAUGUAUUGACUAGUUCUUGAUUGUUUGGCUGUGUAGUUUCAAAAUUCUAUGAAAGAGGAAAAAAUUUAUAAGACUAAAUUAUUAAAAUUAUUUGACUCGUGUGUUGACUCACUUUAUUUUUCUGUUUUAAAUCACUUUUUGUUAUUUUUGUAUAGUCCUUAUAAUGUAAUUUUAUUGUGUUACAGAGUUAGGAAAGAUUGUGAUUCUAAGGAAAGUUUGAUGUUAUAAUUAAGUUCUGCUAGUACCACAAAGUAAUAAAGAAAAGACAUUAAGCACAGCUCAACGUUGUCCAACAGAUUUUAGUGUACUAGUCUAUUAAUAAUUAUACCUUGACUGGAAUAAUGAGUAAGUAAAAUAUUAUGUUAUCAGACAAAUACUGGAAUAUUUUCUGAUAUAAAAGUAUAAAAAAAAAUUCAUCAGGUUUCUAACAAAUUUAGGAAAAGACUACACUAUACUGUGAGUAUAGACAUUUAAAGAAGUCACUGAGGAAGGUAAUAUGUUGCUACUGUGGUACAUGUUAUAGUCAGCUUCUAAUUUUCCAUAUGAUUUAACAGCUAACUCAUAACUGUUUAAUCUCAAGGUAAUAUAUAGAUAUUAGAAAAAGAACUUGAAUAAUCUAGUAAACUGUAACUGAACUCCUUGUGUUUUAUAUAUGUAUAACUUAACAACUAACUGUUGUUUUAUUGAUAUUAAGGUGACAUACAGAUAUUAGAAAACAAACCUUAUAGCCUAAUAAACAGCAGCUAUGUUAGAACUCAACUGUAUUCUUUAUUAUUUAACAAGUAACACACAGACAUACAUCAUUUGUAUAAACAUUAUCUGUAAAGAUAUGUUUUCAAAAGAAACACCAGGGGCUUUUAUGAGAUUUUUAGAAUGACAUUUAAUACGGUUCUUUAAAUGUGGCCCAGUUAUUACUAGAAGAAACAUUUUCAUGUGGAUACAAAGCAGAAUUGGCCAGCAGGUAUGUGGUGAAGUAAGAUUGGUUGACAGACAAUACAGGAGAGAACAGUUAGUAUAAUGUACAAUAACAUAGAUGUAGUAAUACUGUGCUUGACUGGUAUGCUGUAACAUAAUGACAGGUGCUAGGAAUACACUGUACUAUAAUAAUCCAAAAGUGGCUAAAUGAUUGUUACUAUACUAGAGAGGUAUGCUGUAAUCUAAUGGCAGACACUAGAGAAACAUAGUACUAUAACAACGAAAAAAUAGCUAUGUAAUUGUUACCCUACUUGAAUGGUAUGCUAUAAUAUAAUGGCAGACACUAGAUAAACGGUACUAUAACAAUGAAAAAAGUGGCUAAAUGAUUGAUACUGUACAGGAGUGCUAUGCUAUAACCUAAUGACAGAUGCUAGAAAAACUGUACUAUAACAAUGAAAAAUGGUUCAAAGAUUGUUGUACUGUUACAAUUAAAAAAUGACUAAAUGAUUGUUGCUGUACAGGAGUGCUAUGCUAUAACCUAAUGACAGAUGCUAGAAAAACUGUACUAUAACAAUGCAAAAAUGGUUCAAAGAUUGUUGUACUGUUACAAUUAAAAAGUGACUAAAUGAUCGUUGCUGUAUUAGAUUGGUAUGCUGUAACCUAAUGUUGCUGUAAGGUGACUAUUUUGUGGUGCUAAAUAAUUUGACAAGAUUGUUUACCAAAUUAGUGGAGAAGAGCAUAUGUUAGAUGUACAAAAUAAGUAUGUCUGUAGUAAUAUUACAAAGUAGUAAAACCUACUUGUUAACCAACUUUUCAACCUCUACUUACAUCAGCCUAUGAUAGUUGGCAGCUGUUUUUUACUCAGAAUAUUAAACCCAUUUACAUGCUGUUUAUCUUGAAAGCCAGUGCUCAGUUUAUUUUGAAAUAAAUAUCAAACAUCUCACACUUUAAGAAAGGUUUGGUAGGAUAGUCUAAAAAUGGAAAAAGAACUUUAAAAGAAACUUAAAAAUAGGAAUUAUGUUUGACAUGUUUCUCCAAUCAUUGGAUACUGAAAGAAGUUAGUUAUGCUUAACUUUUGUGAAACAUUUAAAAUUGUGCCUUUUACUUGUCAUAUAAGUAUGCUGCUGGUUGAACUGUAAUUUACUAAUUAGAUAAAAUUAUUAUUGUACUGUACAUUUUAGGCUCAUAAUGAAUGACACCUCAUCAAGUUAUUAUGUAGUGUAGUUUUCAAACAGUUUUUGUAUUUUAUGUUAAAUGAACCCCAAUAACUGGUAGAUGGUGUAUUUAAAUUCUUUUCCUUUGCUUUAUUAAGAGGUUUUAGUGGAAUAGUUCAAUGCAGUUAAUCAUAAUAAUAGUAUUUAUUUUGUUUGUGUGGGUAAUACAUGCUUGAUGAAUAACUUGUUAAGAUCCAGUUUUUUCAUAAUUACACGGAAAAGUUGUUAAGUGGCACUUUUUGUAUCUGGUGCUUUUUCAUUUAUAAAUUUGACCUCUGAAGUACAGGGUAGAGACAUCAACAGAGAUGUUCUUAAACAUUAUUUAAGGGGUUCUUUUUUCUCUCUGUCUCUCUAAUGCUCUAUAUUAUUUCUUUAUCUGUUUGGUUUUAUUUGUUUGUUACAUGGAAAAGAGAAGGUCCCAAACUUUCAGCUUUCAGAUGUUUAUAGCACCUAAAAUACUAGUAAACAUUUGCUAAUGAAAAAUAGCUUUUUCUUGUAACAUUUUAACACAUUUGCUUCGGCCCUAUUAUUGAUUGUAAACAGAAGGCUUAGUACUCAUGAUUUACCUAUUAUUUUAUGUUAGUACAAGCACAGUACUGCAUCAGUUUUUUUAAAUUUAAGGAAUACCCAUCAUGUAUUGUAUAAGAUACUUAAGAGAUUCAGACAAAUGGCAAUGGUAGAGAGCCAUAUAAAGUCUAGUAAAAGAAGGCCAUGUUUUGCAACAGUGCAUUUAGAUAGUAAGUACAAAACUUUAGUUUUUUUGUUUUAUUGGUUUGAAAAAAGAACCAGAAUGGCCUUUUAACUAUUAUAAAACAAUUGGGAAGUGACAAUGCAAAUUUCCUUGCACAAGCUUUCAACACUUACAAAGAUAGUGAUAAGCCUUCAGCCUUCGUAAGGCUUAGAACUUCCAUAAGCAUUAGCCAUCAUAAAAGUUAGAAAUUUUUGUAAGCUGUCAGCCUUCUUAAAGGUUAAAGAUUUGUAUAAGCCAUUAUACAUCAUCAAAUUUAGAGAUUUCUGUAAGCCAUCAGCCUUCUUAAGCAUUAAAGAUUUCUGAAAACCAUUGGCCAUCAUAAAAGUUAGAGGUUUCUAUAAGCCAUUAGUCAUCAUGAAGGUUAAAGAUUUCUGUAAGCGAUAUCUUCCUAAGGGUUAAACUUUUCUGUGAAUCAUCAGUUGUCAUAAGGGUUAAAGAUUUUUGUAAGCUAUUAACUAUCAUGAAGGUUAGAAAUUUCUGUAAGGUAUCAGCCUCUGUGUUUCUUAAAUAUUUUCAUUUCACUGAAAAUGCAGUUGUUUACAAUCCAUUUUGUCAGCUUGAAUUUCAGUGAUUCAAACUGCUUGCUCUCAAAUGUUUCACUAUUCACUUGCUUCUUUCUCCAGCAUAUUGAAAUACCUUUAAUUUUUUUUUUUUUUCAGAAUUGGAUGUUACUGUGGACAUGAAUAAUUAUUGUAAAUAUAUGUAUAUUAAUUUGGCUUUUUGAACUACAAAAUACUUCUUUGUGUUUAGUUUUACACUUCUGGAAACAAUUGAAUGAAUUUGGGUUUUUAAUUUGAUUUUGAAUUGUUUAACACUGGUUAAAAGAUUAUAAAAUUUGAUGAUAUUGUCAUUAUUUUGCUUUUAUGUAAAUAAUAGAUUUAUCAUAGAAAUUAACUUUAGAGCAUAAUAUUUGUAGGCAAAUGUAAAAUGAAGCAAGGCAAAACUGGUUUUGAAUACUCAGAAAAUGUUUUAUUAAUCUUUAGAAACUUAUCACAACUGCUACAAAGAAAUUGUAUAACAUACUUAUUUUUCUGGUCGUGUUAGAACUGUUAUCUACAUCUGUAAUGAUGUUGUUUUUUCAGUUUGAUGAAAUCAAGUAUUAUGGAAAGUUUUUCAAUUUAAUAACUAAGAAAAUGAUUAUCUGUGUAGCAUAUUGUAUAUUUUUUUGUUUGUGGGGUACACUUUUUUUUUUUUUUAUGAGUACGUCUUUCUUACAUUUUACCACAAAGUAGUUUGUAGCUAUCCAUUAACACCUUUCAUGCUGAGUUACCAGAAAAUAAUUUUCAAGUGCCUUUUGUGUGCAAACCAAACAUUUUCCAUAAAAUCAAUUUAUAAAAUCUUUGGUAAGUUGAACCUAUUUAAUACUACAAUUUUUUGCUUGAUUUGUGUAUAGGGCUAUAUUUAUAUGUUUAUGUACACAAUAUAUUUAUUAUUUGUUUUGGUUUCUGGAAAUAUUGAAUGGAUGGAAUAUAUUAAAGGUAAUCAUAUACCCAGUGUUGUUUUGUUAUCCCAUAAUAGUAGUCAUUGUUUUGUUUUAAUGUUUCAAACAUUUUAAAUUGUAAUUUGUAUGUAUUAAGCAGUAUCGUAUUAUUUUGAAAUUGUAUUUUUUAUCAAAUAACAAACAAACAUACUUCAACGAGAUGUUGGUUGUUUUUUAAGUUAAAAAAUAGUAAUAAAAAUACAGUUGAUAACAGAAUGACUAAUAAACAGUUUCCAGAAAUAUUGUUUGGUAGAUUGUUUUUAUUAUAGGCUGUUUGGUUUGUAAAUAUUACUGUAUAGUUACAGUCCCUUGUAUUGAAUAAUUACUCUGCAACUCUAGAUACAUAUAAUUAUCCCUGAAAUACUUUUAUCAGACAUCAUUUCAUUUAUAGGUUAUAAAACUUAGUAUGAAUAUAAUCUAAAGCCUUUGUUAUUGUUUGUUUUUAACAACUAAGAAUAAAGAUGAUUUUUAUGAUACACUCUCGAGAUCUUUUUCUCAUUUAAAACUAUGCUGUCUUUAGAGUGAAACUUCUUCUUAUUGUGAUGUAAAAUUAUUUUCAUGGAAAACAACUUCUUUCAAAAGACAUUUUCAUUGUGACAUUAUAUUCCUGAUUUUAUUUCAUAACAUGCAGGGAAAGUAAAAAACUUUCAGCCCUUACAAAAAUGAGGCAGGAAUUUUGCAAACCUUGAUUUAACCCAGUUUAAGAUGUUUUAAGGAUAUUUUUGUACAACUAUAGCAAUAUAUAUAUAUAUCCCUGUCUGUUAAAUGUUUUAGUGUUCCUUUUUUUAUAACAUUUGUUCAUGCAAUCAGAUGCCCCAAUGUAUUCAGAGUGGGAAUUAACAUCCUCUCAGAAUAGGCUUCAAAUCCCAUGCUAGUUCAUGUCCAUCUAUUAAAGCAACUCAUUGUUUGAAUUUUUGUUGUGUUUUUUACUUUGAUUGUUUUUCUCAAUUAAGAUGUCUACAAAAUUGUUCUACAUAAUAUGUAUUUUAUGUUUAAUGUUUUUUAAAGAUUUUUUUUUAUCUUUGACUAUUAUGUUUAGAAUUUUCCUUUCUGUAGACUUUCAUCAUUCUUACUUUAUUCUUCUAUACUGAACAGCACUUGCAUAAUGAUAAGGGUUGUUAGUUAAGACUUUUCUGCAGUAUAAGGUUGCUGAUAAUUUGAAAUGUUAUUUAUGCAAUUUGUAACAUUUCCUUAUGUAUCAAGAGGGUGUUAUUAUCAAUAUGACAUCUUUCUUUACAUGUAUGCUCCUUUUAACUUGCAAGAUUUUAUCUUUUCUCUUGCUGAUAAAACCCUCCCCAGAGGUUCAGAAAUGUUUUUCUACUAGAUCUUGUCCAAAGAUUACUUAUCUAUUAUCACUUGAAUGCUAUAAUAAAAGCUAAGUUUUGAAGAAAUUGCAACACUCACAUAAGAUACAGGAUAUUUUAAGUUAUUUGUUUGAAUCAUUUCAUAAUAUCUGUUCAUUAGGAAGGAUGAAGGUUAAACAAUCUGGAUUACAGAGAAGUUUAUUUAUACAUUGCUAUUUAUCUUUAGUUUCAGAAAUUUUUCAUUUGGAGCUACUGUCUUUCAAUUUGCCAUCCUAUGUUAUAACCUCGGUACAGUUUUUACAAUAUUAGUCAUUCCCUUCCUUGCAUUCACCUGUAGGUGAUUACUUCUACACAUACAUCUUUCUCCUUAAAUAGAUGAUUGGAUGAUAGGACUCCACUCAGUUGUUAUUAUCACUGCAUAAAGUAGAUUUAACAUUGUUCCAGGGUUGUUUUUUAGCAUGAUACGACCCUGUUCUCAAAGCUCUAUUUGCCUUCAGAGUUGAAAAUUCAAGAGAAUUAUCUGUUAAACAGAAGUCCUUGUAUGUGUGCAUGGACUACUAAGAACUUAAUUAUCAUCUUUUUAUUCUAUUUUUUUCCAAUGCAAUUUUAGCUCCAAAUAGUUUUUUCUCAUUUCUUUGUAUUACAAAUAGACCUUCUACUUUUUCAAUGAUAUAGGAUUGUAAUCUAGUGGUGAAGACGUUUAUUUUUGGUUGUUGUAGUUAUGACUAUUUUCAUUGCUUUCCAUUUAAAACAAGAUUUAAAUCAGUGAUUCAUAAUAGACUUAAUGGCUGUGUCUUGCUUUUAACUUUGUUUUGGCAUGAAAUUAAAAGCUGACAUGUAACCUAUGCAGAGACCAUGAACAUAGUUGAAGAUAGUUAAAACACAGUGGUUGAAAUUCAGAGGCAUCAAAACCUAGGGUUUUACUUAUGUGACUUGAAUAGCAACUGUAAAUUAUAUUAAUUUCUGUGGGGGCAUAAUCACCGACCCCCCUAGAUGCUUUUAGCAUCUCUUUAUACUUGCAGUCUCUCAUUGUAAAAUCUGCAUGUCUAGCCCAGCACACCACUUUGCAACUCCUUCCUACACCACUAGGUUGAUAGGUUAUUUCGUUUAGUAGAUAUAUGAAUAUUAUGCUAAUUAAAUGUCAUUUUUGUGUUUGAAUGAAAAUGUUUAUAAAAUUGAAUAAGAAUUUUGUUUGUAAUGUUAACACUUAUUUACAUAUGUAUUAUUAUUUUCUCUUUAUUUCAGCUUUUCAUUAAUGAUAUAGGAAGUUCAUCUUUUCUUUAUUUACAUUAAAACAGAGAUGAUAUAUCGUUCAAAAGAUUUGGAAACUGGUUUUAAUAGAAUGAAGGGAGAAUUGAUUAUUUGUUAAGUCGUGAUUUUCAGAGUCUUUCAUUUAUGAAGUUACAUUUAAAUGAACAGUUGUAUAUUUCAACAUAAGUAAUCUUGUUUGUUUUGUAUGUACUACAUAUGUAAAAAUAGCCCUUGUUAAAUAAAUCUGGUAUGAUUUCACAGACUA